UGACUGCAGAGGAAGUCCAAGAGACCAGCACCAUGAAGAUAAAUCUUCUGCUGAGCCUAGGGCUAGUUCUAGUCUCUGCCACACAUGUCCACCAUGCUGCAUCUGAUAAAAAUUUAAUAGUUUUUCAUCAACUUUCAGGAAAGUGGUCUUCCAUUUACUUGGCUUCAAGUGUACAGAAGCGGAUAGAGGAUGGAGGUGACAAGAAGUUUUCCAUAAAAAUUAUCGCAGUGCGUGAGCAUGAUGUCCUAUUUGACUUAUACCUCCUGAAAGAUGGGAAAUGUAUCCAGCAUUUAUUGGUUGCUAAUAAAACAGAAAAAAAUAAUGUGCUAAAAUUGGAUUAUGAAGGAGAAAAUACUAUCUAUGUGGAGAAAGCUGAUGCACAGAAAUAUGUUAUAUUUUCUAUGCAUAACAUUCAAAAUGGGGUAGAGACUGUGGUGUUGGAGCUUUAUGGACAGACCAAAGUCAUGAAAGAAAGCGUCAAAAAAUUCUUUAAGAACCUUUGCCAAAAAAAUAGAAUCAAUAAGGAUGAUAUCAUUGACGUGGCCAAACAUAGUUCAGCUUUGUGA